UGUCAGUGUCAUUCCUCAAGGUUUAUUGCUUGGGUUAGUGAGCGCGGCCCAGUCUGUUAGACAAUUGGAUUAGAACAACGAGCCCUUUCAAAUGAACCGCAAAUCCAACGACUCCUCCUCCGUCACGCCACUCUCCCAUCACUGACCUUGUUCUACGAUUACCGUGUGUCGCUAAACGCUGUAGCUGACGAACAAACCAUUUCUGCUGUAGCUUUACCUCGUCAUCAGCAAUGAACAUUUCAUCCUCAAACCAAUGCAGGUAAGAUAAUAUAUCAGUGUAUAUCGGAGUAAAACGGAGUGAACGGUUGUCCUCCUGAUAGGCUACACAGUAGAGCCUAUAAUAAUUUAGCUGCGGAUACUAAACAAUUUGUCUGUGUCGAGGGUUGGAAGCGCACAGUAACAUAUUAAUGUUCUGGUCCCACUGACAAAAUUCGGUUCAUAAUAUUGAACAAUAUUUAAGCUUUUUAUCUCACUAUAAUUUUAGCGACUAGGCUGCCUACAUCCUCAUAGGUACACGUUAGCGUUGGCAGCACUUAAAGAGACAUGCUUCCUUUUCAUGCAAAUCCUAUGCAAAAUGCAUUCAAGCAUUGAAAGCAGCCCUAGCUUUUGCCAGCUCAUUUGAAAGGAAAGGGACCCGCCUUUGUCUGCCAAUAAAUACAAAAUGAGUGGCCAUUGUGGGUGUUCAUUGAGCGCCUGGUUCAGUGGGAGUGCGUAGUUGCGCGGCUCUGUGGACCAUCCUGAAUGGAAAGCGCUGAUCCCGCAGCAGCCAGCAGCACCACGGACAGCUCCGUGCUGUACGCACAGCGCUGCCACUGAAUCAUCCAAUCCGGCUGCUUCUUUCACUUGUAGCGCCCACCAUUUUACUACAGCGAGCAGAAGGUUGAAUUACCACUAUUUCCCGUUUUAAAACCAGCUUUAUUAUGAAGCAUAUGCAACCCAUAAAACAUGACCUGCUGAUAUGAAAGUUUAUGGUGACUGGAGAUUUAUUGCUAACAUCGAACAUGAGGAUGAUAAAAACUUUUUUUAAACCAACAGAACUCAAACUGCCUUCUGCAACUAAUGUUUGUUAGAGUGACCUCUAGUCAAGUGAUCUAAUUGGGUUUAUGGUAACUUAUAAAAGCUGUGUAGGCCUGCUUUGAAAUGAGAGGACUUGCAGUCAUUCACCCGAUGAGUUUGCCAACAACAGUGAUGUGUCUCAAAUGAAGUCGAUGCGCUUGUAGAGUUUGAAUGUGUAGAAGUUCAUUACAUUUAGUUGAACUCACAAUUCAAAUUAAUUCAAUUAGAUAAAACUCUCUCUCGCUUUCUCACUCCCCCACUCACUCACUCACUCACUCACUCACUCACUCACUCACUCACUCACUCACUCACUCACUCACUCACACACAUACACACACACACACACACACACACACACACACACACACAGUACCAAGAGAGGGGUUACGGGGUGUGUUGUGUCUGUGAUUAUGUUGUUACCAGCUGUAGGAGUUGCAAAGAUACUUUUGAAGAUCACCCUUCUGUAAUUGACAGGUUGGGCAUCGUCAACUAACAAAUGUUCCCAUUGGUUGUGUUCAGAUGAAAGGUGUAUAGUAGCCUAUCUCUGCUGAAACACAGAUGAUCUUUGAUGAUUUAGAUUAACGGCAGGAUUGUGGGUUCGAUUCCCAGGACCAACCAUUUGUAAAAAUAUAUGCACGCAUGAAUGUAAGUCGCUUUGGAUAGAAGCGUCUGCUAAAUGGCAUAUAUUAUUAUUAUUAUAUCUUAUUGAAUAGCAUGAAUUUACUAUCUGUUUCUUCCCUCAGUUACAAAUAUGAGGAUUACAGGGAAACAGCUGAUUGGUUGCUGUCCCACACUGAGCAGAGGCCUAAAGUAGCCAUCAUCUGUGGCUCUGGCCUGGGUGGCCUGGCUGACCUGCUGGACAACAAGACUGUGUUUCCCUACAAGGACAUCCCAUGCUUCCCCAACAGCACAGGUCAGACAAUAUCCUUAUCCUGUACUGUCCCACCUGAAACUGUACAGCAUCAUGCUGUCUUCAGUUUGUACAUGCAUCAUUACAUCAUCCAGUAGACAUGACAUACUAUCUUACAGUGUUAUGCUUAGUGACCACUUGACCAAAGCUCAAUAUAAGUUAUAAUGAUCAUUGAUAACUUAUGCAUUUCAUAAUUUAAUGUUAGAUAAGAAAUGUUUACGUCAAUGUUUUGAAAGUUGAAGUAAGAACACCAGUCCUUCACUGUGACCCAGAACCAGACCGUCACCCAAUGCUGGCUGCUGCUUCCUGUCCUUGGGACCUGACUGAAAUAUUUACAUUCAGCAAUUCUAUAAAAAUGCUCCUCCUGUCUUUCUUGUUGCACCACUGCAGUACAAGGACAUGCCAGUCAGCUGGUUUUUGGGGAUCUGCAGGGGAAGCAGUGUGUCUGCAUGCAGGGCCGCUUCCACUUCUACGAAGGCUAUAACAUUGCCACGGUGAGCUCAACUCUCUCCACCAACCAUAUCCUCAUUACAUUGGAUUCAUAUUUAAUGAAUGUUGUGGAAGUGUAUUGAAAUGCUUGUAUAUCCCAUGGUAAACCUGACACCUAUUUUGUAAAUGCAGCUACUAUAUUCUUUCAAAUGAGUAGUUAGGAUACUCAAUAAUACUUCACCAGUGUGCACUUUUAUGAAGAAAAGAAGUCCCAUAAUGCUAGAAUAAACACUGUUAGUGUCUUUAGUUAGCUUUUAACCUCUGUGAAAUUAGCAUAGCAGGCAAUUCUGGUUAACCUUUGACAGUGUGAGUUGAAUUUUCAUCGUAAAUCUUUGGACACAAUAUGAUCUGCACCCUGACCUACACAUACACAUGAUAAGACACGCACUCUACACAUGGACACACGGACACAUGGACACAUGGACACAUGGACAGAUGGACACAUGGACACAUGGAUGUUGGAUUGUAAAUAUGUGAUAGUGGAGUAGUGGCCUGUGUAUUGGGUAAAGUGUAAUUAAAUGUAAUGUCAUGUAAUAUUUUAAAUUGUGUAAAACUGCCUUAAUGUUGCUGGACCCCAGGAAGAGUAGCUGCUGACUUGGCAGCAGCUAAUGGGGAUCUAUAAUAAGUACAAAAACUGUACGCACUACGCAUUAUGACUGAAAAAGGUUUUAUUUACUUUCUUUUGUGAAAAUAAUUAUAGUGAUUAUAGUGAAAAUGAUUAUAGUCUAGUCACCUAGUAAUAAGGAAAACAGUGCAGUCUUGCUGCUGAAAAAUGUCAGCACUGAGCAAGUGAUCUCUUAGCUCUAGUUCCUCUCUCUUUCUAGGUGACAUACCCGGUGCGAGUGUUCUUCCUGCUGGGGGUGGAGACCCUGAUUGUCACUAAUGCUGCUGGGGGGCUGAACCCCAACUUUAAAGUGGGUGACAUCAUGCUGAUCAAGGAUCACAUCAACAUGCCAGGCUUUGCAGGCCAGAACCCACUGUGUGGUCACAACGAUGAAAGGUGAGCCUUCCAUCACUCCUGGUUAGAAUAGCAGUCUUUUGAUCUUUGGAAGGAAGGGUCAUGUUGCAUGUUCCCUCUGUUUGAGGAGCAUGGGCUCCUCGCUCUGCUGAGUAAACAGGAUCCCCAGCGGUUUCCUCCACCAUUUCCCCAUACACUGAGGAGCCUGAUUACUGGCAUUUUAUUACAGUAAAGGGCAUGGGUAUUAUCCUUGUGGACUCCUUGGAUUGUACUUGAGCCUUUACCUGACAUUGAGGGCCUCUGAUAUGACACAGGACUUUAUGUAUCUCUUCAGGUUUGGAGUGCGUUUUCCCUGCAUGUCGGACGCCUAUGACAAAGACCUUUCUAGACUGGCCAAAGAGACUGCUGUGGAGCAGGGCUGUUCCUCCUUCAUCCAGCAAGGCGUGUACUGCAUGCUGGCAGGUCCCACCUUUGAGACCAUCGCAGAGUGCAGAGCUCUUCAGAAACUAGGCGCAGAUGCUGUGGGUUAGUAUGGUUCAUUGGGCUUCAUCAAUGCCUUGAAAUCUUUCAAUAGACGUCCAUUUCUUCUACAGAACUCCAAUGCUUGUCUUCUUUCUCACCCUCUCUGUGCUCUGUAGGUAUGAGUACAGUCCCUGAGGUGGUGGUGGCUCGUCACUGUGGUCUUCGUGUCUUCGGUCUGUCUCUCAUCACCAACAAGGUGGUCAUAGACUAUGACAGCCAGGAGAAGGCCAACCAUGAGGAGGUACUGGAGACCACACGCAUGCGCACUCAGGACCUACAGAGGCUGGUCAGUAACCUGUUGGCAAAGAUGUAG